GUUUAAAGUAGAAACGCAGUGAACACUUUUGGUGAGAUACAAGCGAAAAUUUUUAGUUAAAGAUCCUUCAGGCCUGGCUAUGGUCAUUUGAGAGGCGAAGCAGAACUGAAGCGCAUUGCAUAGAGAACAGCUGCUUGCGUCGGAUUCGAUUUAAUCCAGCUCGGUAAAAGACUGCCAUUUUUGCGAACUUUCAUGGCCCCAUUAUAUAAAACGGCUUCUUCCACGAUGUUAUCUACCGAGGAAUCAGCUACAAGUGCAAGCUUGAAGGAACUGUGGCGUGUAGGAGACUUGAUAAACGGCGUCGCGUUCGCCAUUUUGAUUUUGUUUACCGCGUUCGGUAAUCUUUUGAUCAUCGCUGCUGUUGUCAAAAGCAAGAACCUACGCUUCCGGACUCAUUUCUACAUCGCAAGUCUUUCUUUGGCGAAUUUGCUUAUGGCUGGGGUAGUAAUGCCUCUUCGUGUAAUGAGUUUCUUGGACAAGAGUGCGUGGUUCGAGAACCCAAGGCUGUGCGAAACGUACGGAAGUUUCUUUGUACUCUUUUGUACAGUUACUGUUUAUACGCUGGCAGCCAUGAGCUUGGAUCGAUAUUUCUCGAUCGCGAGGUACAAGUGGUAUCAAAAAUUUCUCACCAACUGUCGCACUUUCGGCUUCAUAGUGCUUUGCUGGAGCACUGCGGUUCUUGUGUCGUUCCUGUUUGCCAACUUGGACAACGAUUUUCCAAAAUCCUUGGAUUGCAAGUUGAGCAAGACGUACACAACGGUUUACGUCUACGUUUUCGUGUCCAUCGAAGUCCUAACCCCGACAUUCCUCAUGCUAAUCUUGCAGUGGAAAGUCAUGAAAACUGCAGUGAGUCAUCUUCACACUAUUGAUGUCCACGGAAGACAAAUGAAGAAUUUGGAUUAUGCUGAUUUUCCCUCCGUCGCCAAAGAGUCAACUUGGUCGAAAAUCGUUGUACGAAUAACUUUGAGUUUUGUGAUCUUUUGGAUUCCGAGGUGCAUUUUCCUUCUUUUGGACAAUAGCAACACUGAAGGAAUUCAUGAAGUUGCUGAUGGUUUAACAGAAAUUAUGACCUAUUGUUUUCCUGCCUCAUUUGCCCUUCUUUUGGGUUACUGGAGCAAGGAAUUUAAAGAGGAGUUCACAGAUAUGUUAUGCCCCUAUUCUUGUUAUCAAAAGAAUAAGGACAUGAAAAAGUACCGUCUAAGAGAAGCAAGUAAAGUGAGUCCAUCUAUGAUGUACAGAAAACACUCAAAAAACUUUGCUGUUCAUUCUAAUUAACUUGAACAGAUGAUGGGCACUCGGUGCUAUUUUUGUAGAAAUGGGACUGAGUUAUCACUGGAAUGUUUAAUGUAAAGAUAGCUUAGAAGCCAAGACCUUGUUUGGAAACUUGAGACCUUUAGAGACCCUGUUAGGUUAAAAUUCCAAGAAGCGGCAUGGCCUUGAAACAGCGACAUAAGAUGAGAUGACAUAGUGACAAACAACAAUAAGAUGAGUUAAAAUUACCAACAGGGACAUGGCCUACUCCUAAAAACUGGAAAGAAACAUGUUGGAAAUUCAGACCAGGGACAUAUGUACCCCCUAGGAGGGUCUCAGGGAGUAAGUUCAAAAAAUUAAAGGUGGACUGAAACAAAAAUGGGACUGAGCUUCUCAUCACUGUUUCAGAAAUUUCAUGAUCUUAUCAUAAUUUACCAAGUCACCCACAAUUUGCAAACCUCUAUAAAGCCUAGUAUAUCAACCAAAUAUUUGCUAAGAAUCAGCCAGUGAAAAUGAAACAGUGACUGAAAGCCUUAGCUUUGAGCAAACCUUGAACACAUUGCGAAUGGGCUACUAGUCUUGUUUGAUUACAGGCAAAAGUGAUGGGCUGGGUCGCUUAGGGCCGUGCGUAAAUAAAUUCUAAAAAAGAAACCCGAAAACUGUCAGACUGGGCUUGAUAAAAUCCUGUAUUAUCUCUUAUUUGAGCCCCGUAUAUAUUGAGAUUGGUCUCCUAUCUCACCUUGAAACAGAGGUUAUGAUAUUUUGAGUCAAUUAUUGUUAAACCAACUAGGCAUAGUGAAUUUUUUCAGCAGUAGUACCAGCUUCCACUUUAAGAUGAGAAGUUAAUGUGAAUCACGUAGUAUUUUUACGCUAGACAUGUGCAUGAAGUUGAUUUGUUUGUUCUUUUUAUUCAUGGAUUUGUGUGGGUAAUACUUGUGAGGGAGUGUAGUGCUUUUUCUAUUAAGUGCUCAAAAAUAUUAUGGGCUAUUGCAGUGUCCAACUUUGAUUUACAAAUGUUAAUACAAGAGUUACUAAACUAUUAGCACAGUGUCAUUGAACAUUUUAAUAUAUUAUGAAUAGUUUUAUAGUAUUGUCAAUUUCAUUUUGACAUAUUCAAAAAUGUGAGGAGAGUAGUCAU